UACUACAACAAGCAUUGCAAUUACAUAUUCCUAUAUCCCAAAAUCCACUAGAGCUUUUUGUGUUACUAGUUACUACUCUCAAAUGGCUAAUCUCUCAUUGUUGUUGGCUGCAAUUUUAGCUCUUUCACUUUCACCUGUUAUGGAAGCUACUACUCUCAAAGAUUUCUGUGUGACAGAUCCCAAUAGCUUGGGCUGCAAGGAUCCAAAACUUGUGGAGGCAAGUGACUUCUACUUUAGUGGUCUUCACAUAGCAGGCAACACCACAAACCCUGCUGGUUCUAAAGUCACUCCAGUGUUUGCAAGUCAGUUACCAGGAUUGAAUACUCUAGACAUUUCUAUUGCUCGCAUUGACUAUGCACCUUGGGGAAUCAACCCUCCUCACACACACCCUCGUGCCACCGAAAUCUUAACCGUUCUUGAUGGAAGCUUAGAAGUUGGAUUCAUCACUUCCAACCCGGAAAAUCGCCACUUUAGGAAAGUUCUGCAAAAGGGUGAUGUGUUUGUGUUUCCAGUAGGACUCAUCCACUAUCAGAGAAAUGUUGGAUAUGGUAAUGCUGUUGCCAUUGCAGCUCUUAGCAGCCAGAAUCCAGGAGUCAUCACUAUUGGUAAUGCAGUGUUUGGGUCUACUCCUGGCAUAUCCAGUGACAUUCUGGACAAGGCUUUCCAAUUGGACAACCCUACCAUCAGUUAUCUGCAGUCCAAGUUCUAGACAAUGUCACGAGAUGAAGUUCAAUUAUUUGUUUGCCCUAGUUAUUCAUUGAGUGUGGAUUUGGUUCCCUUUUCAUUUGUAAGCUCUAUCAUUCGUUGGUUUUACUUAUUUCCUUAAGUGUGUUACUAUAUGUAUCAUUUGAUUAAUUAAUUUAAUUUGCUUUUAA